ACCCAAAAGAGGAGACUGCAGGCCGUUACGUUUCGAGUGUGACGUAGCUCGGACUUUUCAGUCACAUCUCAGAAUCACGUGACGCCAAUCAGUGGAAAGAGGACGGACACCACGACCGACCGCACGAAACCCGGUCCCGACCUUCGCGGAAAAAAAACUUGCUUCCAACUGUUCGCGCGUAUUGUUCGGUGGCACCUAAAAUGGAGAGAUAAUGCAGUAGGCCUAUGUGACCCUGGCAGGGCACUUCCUGACAAAAUAGUGGUGACGAGGUUUCCGGUGCCAAAGACCAAGGUUCCUCUUGUCAUGCACGGCACAUAAUAAAAUCAAGGAGAUCAAAACCGAAAUGUCAUUUAUUGAUUCCACAGCAAACCGUCAGGCCUGGUUGCGAGGCUACAAAGGGAGAGUUUUCCACCAGGCUGUGUACAUUUCCUGGUUCCACAUGACUUUGUAAUUCGCCAACACAGCACGGACUCACAGUCACAGCAUAAAGCCGUCGCAGCUGUUGUGACACCACGUUCAUUUCUUGCCUCAUUUCAAAAUAAUUUCUGAAAUCUCAGCAUCUCAGUCUGCCUGUGUACAUCGAGAAACACUGCCCGACCAUGGCUCUCCUAUCAAUGUUGCCGUUGCUGGUUCUCGUAGUCUCGCUAAAGGCCGUUUUCUUCGCGCAAUCGUCUGAGGUACAGCACCUCAUGAGCGGUGUGAAUUAUCUCCAGAAGUAUGGGUAUAUGGACGAGCCUGAUCCCAACGCCGCCGAGCUGAUCUCGGAGAUCGAGGUCCGCCAGUCCAUCAUGUUGAUGCAGCGGUUCUUCGGCCUACGCAUGACCGGCCAGAUCGACGAGGCCACAGCGGAGAUGAUGGGCAAGCCCCGUUGCGGCCUACCGGACAUUCCGCGGGGCCGAGGCCGCUGGUUCGGGACCAGCUGGGGCGGGCGAGCCAAGCGGUACCUCACGCAGGGCAUCCGGUGGGAGAAAUACGACCUAACAUAUUCCUUUGACAACUACACACCGGACUUAUCACGGAAUCAGGUCCGCGACUCCAUUGAGCGAGCCCUGAAAGUGUGGAGUGACGUCACCCCCCUCAGGUUCCGCGAGAUACAGGGCGGCAACCCAGACAUCCACAUCAAGUUCGCCAGCCGCGAACACGGCGACAGCUACUCCUUCGACGGGAGCGGGGGCACGCUUGCGCACGCCUUCUUUCCCGGGACCGGCAUCGGCGGUGACGCGCACUUCGACGAAGACGAGUCGUUCACGUUUGGCACGUACCAAGGCACCAACCUGUUCACCGUGGCUGCCCACGAACUUGGCCACUCUCUCGGCUUGGGCCACUCGGACGUGCAGGGAGCCUUGAUGGCGCCCUACUACCAAGGCUACGACCCCAAUUUCCGGCUGCACUCUGACGACAUCGCGGGAGUCCAGAGUUUGUACGGAGGAAAUCCGCGACCCCCUACCCGCCCACAGCCCCGGCCGACAGACCCUCCGGUGCCGACCCAACCCCCGGUGGAGCCCGAACCGACCAUCUCACCCACCUGUACCGGAGGUUUCUCUGCGGUGUCUGACAUCCGUCGCGAAGUCUUCAUCUUUAAGGAAGAGAAAAUGUGGCGAUUGUCCAACAGUGGUACCCCGCUCACUGGUUACCCGAUGCCCACGAGCCGGUUUUGGGGGAGUGCGCCCUCUCAUGCUGACGCUGUUUUCGAAAAACUCGAUGGGACAAUAGUUUUCGUUAAAGGGUCCAGAUUCUGGGAGUUUAACGGGCUGAACAUGAAGCAGGGCUUCCCCCAGCAUGUUGGCCAAUUGACAGGCGGCGAGCUGUCUGACGUUGAUGCGGUUCUGUCGCUCAGGAGGGAGGCCAAGACCUACUUCUUCAAGGACGCCCUCUGCUGGCGAUUUGACGGCAUGGAGGGGCAGAUGGAGGCUGGCUACCCUAAAUCGAUCGCGGACGAGUGGGUCGGGGGACCCGAUAGCGUGGAUGCGGCUUUCAAUCUCGACGGCGACUCCUACCUCAUUCAGGGGAACCGGUACUGGCGGUUCAGCGACGGCAGCAGGACGACUGAAGCGGAGCCUGGGUGGUUCACGGUGGACUUCCUGGGCUGUUCGGAGGACACGGUGUUCACCCCCACCGAUCCCGCGCCUAGUGGCGCCGCCAGGACAGCUUUGGAACUCUGGGUCUACCUCUUGUCGGCGUUGACAGCGCUCAUAUUUUUGACAUGACUUCUCAAAAAAACAAACAAACUAACAAAAAAAACACUCAAGCGAUGUCUGGUACGAGGUUUACGAACAACCUCGUCUAUUUUAAGCCUGCGACAUUAUUAUGCUGCGCCUCCAUAGUCGCUUAGGUUAAAGAAAAGUUUAAAAAAUUACAGUACACGAUGAUGACUGUAAUUUUUAAUUGAUCGUGGAUCUUCCUUACAUUGUUGGGUUUUAUUUUUAAUUAUUUCAUUGAUCUUUCCGUGGAAAAAGCUAUUCGCAGGACGAAAGUGUAUGGGUUUCAGCAUGUUGUGAAUUAGCUGAUGCAUGAGAUGACAUCAGGAAAGAUGCUGAAGUUUAUAUAUAAAUAUUUAUAUUUAUGAUGUUUAACUAUGAAGAUCAAAUAACAUAUUGAAGGAACUGAAAAGCAAUUUGUUAAAAGGUACAUUCGUUGCUUUUCUUGAACAAAAUUUCAGUAUUUCUUUCUCUGUAAAGCUUAUUUGUGAAUCCUUGAUUCACAUGUUAAAUAUUAUACGACAAACAUGGCAAGUAAAGCAUAAUGUUGCAAAACAUAAACGUGUAAAGUGAAUUUUACAAUGUCUUAAAACAAACGAAUACACUGUUUUACCUUUAAAUGUAAAUAAUGGUGACAGAGUCUUCGCGGGCGAGGACAGAAGUAUUUUUUUAUCUAAUCGCGUGGACGGUAUUUAUCUUAAAAACUGCAGGGGAGAGCGGGAUUAUUUCCCGCCAUAAUUAUAACCAAGUCCGUUCUAGAACAGUUUCACCUGAGUUGCCAUCAAUCCACACGUCAGGAUCACCAGUGAAGUCAAAACUCAGACAACUGGUUCGGCCAAGAACGAACAUGACGGCUAAAGCUAUAGAAAUAGAAAUAAUCCGCGUGCCUAAGGGAGCCAUGGCUACAGCGGGUUUCAACUACUUACCGUAGGAACGUGUGUUAAUUCGAGUCGUAGCCGUAGCCGUGGUUGAUACGAACACAGCCUUAUAGUUUACUGCACCAACAGUGACAAAGGGCUGAUGGCCAUGCCUCAGUCGCUAUCCAGUGAAUGGAUGCAUGGUGACUUGACUUGGAACUUGAUGCGUGAUACAUAGUAACGAUGACUCGAUUUAUAAAAUAAGUAGAGUUUGUAAAUACAGUAUAAUGUUUGUCACUGCUCUAUGUCCAUUUUGCGUGUCUUUUUAGAAAUAAAGGUACUGGGAACGUAACAGUCACAGACUUUUGUA